UUUGCAUUCAGCAAUCGACGCAAGUGGACGUGUUUUAGCCAAGCUCCCCGGUUUCAGGAAAUAAACGCGGUUUGCGAGAGUGAAAACGUUCUGUCUUUGUUUUUGGUCAGUUUUGUUUACGGGCCCCGGUGAUUGCGUUUCGUGUUGUGUUUUGGUUUACACCGAACAGUUGCAGUUGGGAAAGUCCGAAUGUUUUUUCCCGUGUUGAUGAUCAAGUUGGGCAAGAAAGGACAACUGUUGUCGGUGGUUUGCCGAAAGAAUCGAAAAAAAGUGCGCGAUUUGUGUGGCACGAAAUAGACUUUUGAAAACUUUUGGAUAACACAAUUGGGCAAAGAGACUGAUAUUUUUUUCGGUGGUGAAGAACUGAUUUUAAAGACUGUGAAAUAGAAUGGCGGUUGCGUUCUACAUUCCCUCGGUGGACGAGGAUGAGCAGGUUAAGUCUAAUCAGGCCUAUCAGCAGCAGCAGCAACAACAGCAGCAUCAACAGCAGCAGCAGCAGCAGCAGCAACAACAGCAACAACAACAGUUGGGUGUGAGUCCGAACAUGUCGCAACAAGUUUGUUCCGGCGAGUUCAGAGAACAACAGCAACACCUGAUGCUGCUUUUUCAUGAGAUCCUGCUCGCCUACGCAAGUGAAGCUGUUCUGGCGCAGCGAGCCACGACCUUGGCCAACCCUUCGCCGUGUUUGCUGUGCAAAAAGUUGUACUAUCUGUUCCGACGAAUCUACUGACCGGCGCGUUAUCGAUCCGUUAGCAGCGAUAACAAAAGCACCAACAGUAACGUUUGCCAAAAACGUGCCAGGAUUAUUGAUAAAGCAUUUACCAUCGGUGCUACUACCGAUACUAUUACUCAUACUACUACAACUACCACAACUACUAUUAUUACAUCGGAUACUACUAUGCAAAAAAAUGCUGCCACAACUGCUGUCAGGACUAAGCGCGUGCCGUGCAGCAGGCGAACAAGAGAAGGAACUAGGUCAAGGACUGAAGGUGGUGCAUUUACAACCACCAACAGAAGUACUGUUAGCUGUAAGCGUCGUAAAUGGAACGAGUUGUGAAUUUUGGUGCUACCGGAGAGAGAUUGUGCAACAGUGACUCAUGCAGCCCAUCAAACAGGGAUGCAUCGAUUUUGGCAGGUCUCCCGGCUCAAAUAUUGAUUUUGGUCAGAAGCAAGUUGGUCUGGUUUUGCGUGUGAGGACCACCGGAGCUGGACCUUUGUUCGGCUCCGGCAUGUGGUUCGCAAUGGGACGGAGGCUGUUUUGGAUGGUUUCACAAUAGCAGUAGAUUUUUUGGAAAAUGUUGGAUCAAACUGGUGCACUCCAGUCAUAUUAUAGCAAUCGACUCCCUUUCUACAAUUGGAAAAAUUCUGUACAUAAAAAGCAGUUACUCUCCUCGUAAGUCAAUGAGAUAGCUGUGAAUAACCAAAGCAUCUGAUCAAAAGACAAACUACAAACAAAAACGACAAAAAACCCUCGGUUUUUAUAUCUUUACCCCCGCUAGGUGUAAGUAGGCUUAACACAUCCGUAUUUGUCCGAACUUGUUAGAUUGUUAAGAAAAGCGUAUUGUGACAUUUCCCUACUACCGGAAUUAGACGAUAAGGAAAACAAAAACAAAACAAAGAAAAGCGUAUUGUGAUAUUGAACUUCUUUUUUCUUAAUUUUUAAAUGUGACAUUUCUAUUCUAACCGAAUCGAAUCGAUUUAAAAAAGCAAGGAACAGAGGAGAAUAAGACAAGCAGUGGCGGUAGCCGCCGGCUGGGAGAGAUAGAGAUUCUGUACAUAUUUAUUUUAAAAAUUGACAAAAAAGAGUUACUUAUUGAUGUGGCUGGAUUUCGCCACUGACAAACCAUUAGCCGUAAGAUUUCUGAACUAUUUUUUGCAGUCUAUUUGAUGGAACAUUUAGUAGAAAAGUAGCGCGUAAGGAUAGCAGCAGCUGUAAGUGGAAAACAUUAAAAAAUACAAAAAAGUCAACAAUCAAGUUCAAUUAUAUUUACUGCUACUAUAUGUCGUAGAAUAAGAUUUUUGCUAUCGUAUUCAGUGAUUGUAGCAUAAUUUUGCGUCAAUCAAAACUUGUGUACAUAGAGGGUCUCACCCUGUUCAGUAUAAUUUAAUAUUGUAUUCAUCAAGCGCAAAUGGCUCGUGGUUUUGUUAGACCAAAAAGAAGCAUCAGGAAAAAAAAUAUAAAAAAAUAUCAUUUUCUUUACUUUAAUAUAAUUGAUUACUACUAUUGGAACGAUUCUAGUUUAAUUCUGCACCCUCGGAUUGGAUGUAAUUAUUUUUGUUGGCUAUCAUUGACAAAUGAAAGGAUGAUUAUGAAUAAAUCAAAACGAGAAUGGUUUCGAUAAAACAGACUA